CCAUCUUUUAUGUGUUUUAUCUUUUUAAGUGUUUUUAGGGAAGGUGCAAUAUUCAACUCACUUUUAUUCUGCAUUAUCAUUCUGGGGUCUUAUGUCCUUGUGUAGUGUUUCUGUUGUGUGUUGCACUGUGUUGUUCUGCAGCUGCUGUAGCACUUUGGCCCAGGAACAAAUCCCCCAUGGAGACAAUGAAGUAGAUUUGAUUGAUUUGAUUUGUAGAAGCUAUCAUUUACCUCCGGAUCAUUACAGCUGCGGAUUUCAAAAUAAUACUAUGAAGCUUUAAUGGCUGUCAUCUUUAUUUAACGUCUUUUUAUAUGAUCAUAAUUAGACCGUUUAAUUCAGUGUUCGUGGCUCCAGACUGGUUUUAGAGUGAUGGUGCAGAUAAUGAUCCGGAUGAUGAUCUGCUGCUGCAUCGUGAGCUCCGGGUUAUUAUUAGACAGUUACGUCAGUGGAGGGCGCGUUUCUGUCUCCGCCGAACAUCACAAUCCCUCCUUCUCCCACAUGGAGCGGAACCGCGCAGCGACACGUGACCCGGGAGCCCCGGGCUGACGGAGCGUCUCACACCGCAUCAUGGCUGCGGAGGAUGCGGCCGCGCGGUACCGAGCCGGAGCCCCGCGGCUCCCGGCGGCCCGGCUGCUGCUGCUCGGCCUGGCCGCCUCGCUGCUCCCGGCCCCGGCGCUCGGGCUCCUCGGGUUCCGGCCGGAGGAGACCGGCGCGGAGCUGUCCGUGGAGGACGGGGUGCUGAAAGCCACCGAGGGCACGCGCUUCAUGCUGCGGGUUUACUACUCCACCUCCCCGCAGAGGCUCAACCGCACCGCGGCGACCCGCACCAACAACGCCGCGCCGUGGAUCGCCUUCAUCGAGGAGCCGAGUCCCGGGCGAGAGGGACAAGUUCACCCGAAGCGGAACAUGUGCAUGGACAAGACCGCCAGGACGUCCGACAUCGAGGUUCUGGGCUCCUUCAAGUCCGCUUCAAGCCAGAACUCGGUGCUGGUGGAGCUGCUGGCCAAAGACCUGCGCAAGGGGGAGAAGAUGAAGUUCUACUCGAUGUGCGCCUUCGACGGGUCCAAAUGGGAACACUACCGGACGCGGGACUUCUGGGUGGCCGUGGUGGAGCGCUCCGCAGCCCCGGAGCUGUGGCUCCAGGUGCUGGUGUCAGUCCUGCUGCUCGGGCUGUCCGCCUUGUUCAGUGGGUUGAACCUGAGCCUGUUGGCGCUGGACCCGGUGGAGCUGCAGGUUCUGCAGAACAGCGGCACCGACAAGGAGCAGAAUUACGCGCGGAAGAUCGAGUCUGUGCGUCGGCACGGGAACUACGUGCUCUGCACUUUACUGCUGGGGAACGCGAUCAUCAACGCCUCGCUCGCCGUGUGGAUGUGUCAGAUCCUGGGCAUGACCUGGCUCUCCACGGUCAUCUGCGCCUUCGGCAUCUUCUUCAUCGGGGAGAUCCUCCCACACUCGGUGGCGUCGCGCCACGGCCUCGCCAUCGCCUCCAAAACCAUCUGGGUGACGCGGCUGCUGAUGGUGCUCUCCUUCCCCAUCUCCUACCCCAUCAGCAAACUGCUGGACCUCAUCCUCAACCAGGAGAUCUCCAACUUCUACACCAGAGAGAAACUCCUGGAGAUGCUGCGCGUCUCGGACCCGUACCACGACCUGGUCAAGGAGGAGCUCAACAUCAUCCAGGGCGCGCUGGAGCUGCGCACCAAGACCGUGGAGGACGUCCUGACGCCGCUGACCGACUGCUUCAUGCUGACCUCGGACGCGGUGCUGGACUUCAACACCAUGUCGGAGAUCAUGCAGAGCGGCUACACCAGGAUCCCGGUGUUCGAGAACGAGCGCUCCAACAUCCUGGACAUCCUGUUCGUCAAGGACCUGGCGUUCGUGGACCCGGACGACUGCACCCCGCUGAAGACCAUCACCCAGUUCUACAAACUCCCGCUGCACUGCGUCUUCAACGACACCAAACUGGACGCCAUGCUGGAGGAGUUCAAGAAAGGAAAGUCCCACCUGGCCAUCGUGCAGCGAGUGAACAACGAGGGAGAAGGAGACCCCUUCUACGAGGUGAUGGGCAUCGUCACCCUGGAGGACGUCAUCGAGGAAAUCAUCAAGUCAGAGAUCCUGGACGAGACCGACCUCUACACUGACAAUCGUACAAAGCGCCGUGUUUCUCACCACGAGCGGAAGCAGCAGGACUUCUCCAUCUUCAAACUGUCAGAGAACGAGAUGAAGGUGAAGAUUUCCCCUCAGCUGCUCCUGGCGACGCAUCGUUUCCUCUCAACAGAGGUGGAGCCCUUCAAACCGUCUCACAUCUCCGAGAAGAUCCUGUUGAGGCUGAUCAAACAUCCCAGCGUGGUUCAGGAGGUGAAGUUCGACGAGAAGAACAAGCGGGCGCAGCAGCACUUCCUGUUCCAGCGCAACAAGCCGGCGGACUACUUCAUCCUGGUGCUGCAGGGUCGAGUGGAGGUGGAGUUCGGCAAGGAGGCGCUCAAGUUUGAGAACGGAGCCUUCUCUUACUUUGGGGUUCCAGCCAUCAUGCCAGCAGUGCACAGAUCCCCCUCUCGCAGCAGUGGGCUGGACCGCUCUGAGUCCAUGCUGUACGGGGGAAGCAUGGGGCAGCUGAACGGAGGGGGGAACGUCUACCUGCCGGACUACUCGGUCCGGCAGCUCACACACCUCCAGAUCCUCAAGGUCACCCGGAGCCACUAUCAGAACGCCCUAACCGCCACCAGGAUGGACAGCUCUCCUCAGACCCCGGACGCCGACGCUCGUCCCACAGAAGGCAACACCCCGACGCCAGAGCCUCCGACGCCGACGGCGCACGGCGCCACUCUGAUGCCCCCGGGGCCCCCGACCGCCACCCUCAUGCCUCCGCCCCGGGAGCACUGCCGGCCCAGCUCGGCCAGAACCCACGGGCCGCACUCCAGCGUCCUGCAGAGCACGUCGCUGCUGAACGAGAAGAACCGCAUCGUCCGGAGUAAAUCUGACGGCCAGAAGAGUCCGAGUGACUCGGUGUUCCUCAGGAUGGACGAGAUCCCGUACAUCCGAGAGGACCGAGCGGAGACCGACACACACACAGACAUGGCCCCCGUUCCCAUAGAAACGGACACAUCUCCUUUCAUCAGCAGCCUGUCGCUGAGCGGCUCAGAGGAAACACUGGGCAAGAAACUCCUGCUCAAACUCAGCCACAGGAAGAGGAAAAAAUCUCCCGAAGGAGAGAAAACCCCGGAGGACAUUUGAGAGCAGACCGAGCAGAGCGAGCACGAGACAGACGUGAACUCUCCAUCAUCUGAUGGUUCUUUAAGUUGUUUGUAAAGACGAUGAAGACUAUCAGAGUUUUAUCUGAGAACACCCCCCCCUCCAUCACCUGGACUCUAAUAAACAGGUGCAGCUUCUGCAAUGUGCAUUGAACGGGAGCCUCUCCGCCUGCAGGCCGCUGAUGCUCGUGUGUACAGAACUGACGGCGAAUGUGAACGAUUUGUAGAAACAAGUUGAAUUUUUAUACAUCAUACACCCUCCUCACAUGUGACCACUUCUCCAGUGGAGCUGAGAGAAACGAACAGGAAACAGAUGGACGACACCAAAGACGUUGUGGUUUUUGUACAUACUGCUCCACAAUCAGGGGAAAUCCGGAGAAACCUCAACGAGUGAAAUACCUGCUUUGUGUUGGUGCUUUUUUUAUUUCUGAUUCGAUUCAAAUACAAUUGUAUAAACAGUCAUUUCUUCCCUCCUUCUUAUUUGUUGACAAAGUAAAUCCAGACUCAGCUGUGUCGACGAACGCUCCAAUGGGUGGAUCCCUCUGGAGCCGACCAAUCAGGAUUCACUGCACUUUGGUGACGACACGUUUUUUAAAAGAGAGAAUCUGAUGUUUCAUCUCAACAGAACAGCGAAUCGUACCCACGUUUAAAAAACCAGGGGGCAUCUGGUGCAGCUCUGUUGCUAGGUGACAGCGAUAAGGGCGGGACCGUGUCCUUUGAGGGCCGCGACCCCUGGGUUGUGACGCAGCUUCUGAGUCUGUGAGUGUCCAGAUGGCGAAGACAACUAGUGACUGAUUGUCCACCUUGUUAUUGGAUCUGAUUGGAUUUGUAUAUUUGUUUUUUAAGUAUUAUCUUUCUUUCUUAUUUUGUUUCUUUUGCCAUAACACACACACACUCUCCUCCUCGUUUCUUUAUUCUGAUCUCUUUAAGAUUAUUUCAAGUACAUUUUAUACUUUUGUUUUCUUUCAAACCUAAAGACAAUAUCCGACUGGAGCUCAGACUUUAUGGUUUUCAUCUCAUCGAACCUUUUUAAUGAAUCAUCACCGGAGCUGAGCCUCUUUUUUUAUUAGAUCCAUUCAAUCAUACACGAGUGUUGGUCUUUUCUUUGUUGGAGCAAACAGUUUGUGGCCGAAGGGACUGUCCAGGCUCAGAUGUCUUAAAGGAGCAAGACGUUAUUGGGUUUAUUCAACAUAUUCACACGGCAGCCAUUUAAACACAGUCUUAAAUAAAUGUGUCCAAAAUGUGCAUUGAUUUCUCAGAGUUAAAAUCUGUUCCCGCCCAACAGAAUGAGUCCCCAUGUGGGGCUGCAGGGGGCGCUGUGGUUCAGUGACAGUUGCAUUGUGACGCUUUAAAGUUCGGACACUGAAGCCUGAUGCGUGUCCAAAACCCUAAUAAUCCUCUGGACAAGGUGUUUUCUGUGCUGCCCCCUGGUGGCGCGGAAUUUGAGUGCACACUAAGCCUUGACUGUAGCAUCACACAAGGGCAACAGAACCUCUGCAGAAGUUGCUGUAUUAAAAUUUCACCAAACUUUUAUUUGUGACCGUCACCGACUUUAAGUGGAUAAGAGCAAUACUGGAAACUCGUGAUGUGAAUGUUGCUCCAGAUGAAUAUUGACAGAAUCCAAAUGAAAUGAAACACACUCACCUGACAGAUGGAUCCUGCACUGAGCUCCACACACUGAUUGGUAUUCAACUCAAACUUUACGUUGUAACAAUUUGUAGAAUAUUGUAGAAUAUUAAGAUGAAAUGAGUUGCACUGGAUGUAUAUUUUUCAAGAAGAGGAAAAACAUGUUUAUAUCCUGCUGCUCGUCAUAUUAUUUAUAUUAUUCCUACUUGUAAAUUAAAAGUUAUGGAGCCUUAACAUUGAAA